CGGAGCCCCGCGCACGAGCAGCCGUCCGGAGCUUCCCGGGGUCCUCGCCGCCCGUGCGGCUAGCGUUUCCCCGUCCCGAGCGCGGCGACCCGGCGGCGGAAAGUGCGUACUUCCUUCCCGCGCGCACAGCCUGCGUUCGGCCGGGCAGUGUCCGCCGCCGGGGACUGAGGAUGGGGGAGUAGCUGCAGAAGGCGACCCCGCCACACCAAGAUUAACAUUUUGAGACAAUUUCGUGAUGCUUGAUUCACGCUUGGAGUAAUGUGGACCAACGUUCUCAAACUUGGAUAUUAUGUCAACUUGAACCAGCAGGGAAUCUUAAUGUUCUCUUAAAUAAGAACUUGUAUAAGAAAAAGAAUGGGAGUCUGGUUAAAUAAAGAUGACCAUGUCAGAGACUGGAAAAGAGUCAUUCUCUGUUUUCUAAUAGUGUAUAUGGCUAUUUUAGUGGGCACAGAGCAGGACUUUUACAGUUUACUUGGAAUAUCCAAAACUGCAAGCAGUAGAGAAAUAAGACAGGCUUUCAAGAAAUUGGCAUUGAAGCUACAUCCUGAUAAAAACCCGAAUAACCCAAAUGCACAUAGUGACUUUUUAAAAAUAAAUAGAGCAUAUGAAGUACUCAAAGAUGAAGAUCUGCGGAAAAAGUAUGAUAAAUAUGGAGAAAAGGGACUUGCAGAUAAUCAAGAAGGAGGCCAGUAUGAAAGUUGGAAUUAUUAUCGUUAUGAUUUUGGUAUUUAUGAUGAUGAUCCUGAAAUCAUAACAUUGGAUAGAAGAGAAUUUGAUGCUGCUGUGAAUUCUGGAGAGCUGUGGUUUGUGAACUUUUAUUCCCCUAGAUGUUCACACUGCCAUGAUCUAGCUCCCACAGUACGUAUUUUGUACAUCCUAAUUAUUAAAGCUGCAGUAAAAUAUCAUGGUGAUAGAUCAAAGGAAAGUUUAGUGAGUUUCGCCAUGCAACACAUUAGAAGCACAGUUACAGAAUUAUGGACAGGAAAUUUUGUUAACGCCAUACAAACUGCUUUUGCUGCUGGUACUGGCUGGCUGAUUACUUUUUGUUCCAAAGGAGGAGACUGUUUGACAUCACAGACACGUCUAAGGCUUAGUGGCAUGUUGGAUGGUCUUGUUAAUGUGGGAUGGAUGGACUGUGCCACCCAGGACAACCUUUGUAAAAGUUUGGAUAUUACAACAAGUACUACUGCCUAUUUUCCUCCUGGAGCCACUUUAAAUAACAAAGAGAAAAGCAGUAUUUUGUUUCUUAAUUCAUUGGAUGCUAAAGAAAUAUAUUUGGAAAUAAUGCAUAAUCUUCCAGAUUUUGAACUACUUUCAGCAAACACACUAGAGGACCGUUUGGCUCAUCACCGAUGGCUCUUAUUUUUUCAUUUUGGCAAAAAUGAAAAUUCAAAUGAUCCUGAGUUGAAAAAACUGAAGACUCUUCUUAAAAAUGAACAUAUUCAAGUUGGCAAGUUUGACUGUUCCUCUGCACCAGACAUCUGUAGUCAUCUCUAUGUUUUUCAGCCAUGUCUAGCAGUAUUUAAAGGACAAGGAAUCAAAGAAUAUGAAAUUCAUCAUGGAAAGAAGAUUCUAUAUGAUAUACUCGCCUUUGCCAAAGAAAGUGUUAAUUCUCAUGUUACCACACUUGGACCUCAGAAUUUUCCUGCUGAUGACAAAGAACCAUGGCUUGUUGAUUUUUUUGCCCCUUGGUGUCCACCAUGUCGAGCUUUAUUGCCAGAGCUGCGAAAAGCAUCAAAGCAUCUUUAUGGUCAGCUCAAGUUUGGUACACUAGAUUGCACAGUUCAUGAGGGACUAUGUAACAUGUAUAAUAUUCAAGCUUAUCCAACAACAGUGGUAUUCAACCAGUCCAACAUUCAUGAAUAUGAAGGACAUCACUCUGCUGAACAGAUCUUGGAGUUCAUAGAGGACCUUAUGAAUCCUUCAGUGAUCUCCCUGACACCCACCACUUUCAGUGAGCUAGUUAAACAAAGAAAACAUGAUGAAGUCUGGAUGGUUGAUUUCUAUUCUCCAUGGUGUCAUCCGUGUCAAGUCUUAAUGCCAGAAUGGAAACGAAUGGCCCGGACAUUAACUGGACUGAUCAAUGUGGGCAGUAUAGACUGCCAACAGUAUCAUUCUUUUUGUGCCCAAGAAAAUGUUCGGAAAUACCCUGAGAUAAGAUUUUUUCCCCAAAACUCAAAUAAAGCUUAUCAGUAUCAUAGUUACAAUGGUUGGAAUAGGGAUGCUUAUUCCCUAAGAAUCUGGGGUUUAGGAUUUUUGCCUCAAGCAUCCAUAGACCUAACACCUCAGACUUACAGUGAAAAAGUUUUUCAAGGAAAAAAUCAUUGGGUCAUUGAUUUUUAUGCUCCUUGGUGUGGACCUUGCCAAAAUUUUGCUCCAGAGUUUGAGCUCUUGGCCAGGAUGAUUAAAGGAAAAGUGAAAGCUGGCAAAGUAGACUGUCAGGCUCAUGCUCAGACUUGCCAGAAGGCUGGUAUCAGAGCCUAUCCAACUGUUAAAUUUUAUCCCUAUGAAAGAGCAAAGAGAAAUACUUGGGGAGAGCAAAUAGAUGCCAGAGAUGCAAAAGAGAUUGCUACCUUAAUAUAUGAAAAACUAGAAAAUCUCCAAAAUCAUGGAAAGAGAAAUAAGGAUGAGCUUUAAUGAUGAAGAUGAAGAAAAAAUCAAAAAGAAAUUCUGACAAGUGAUAUCAGAAGAUAUUUUUUUAGAAUGUUACUGCAUCAUGAUGGGAAUAAAUGAACAUUAUCUUGGACCUGUAAUUGCAAGUCUGAAUUCUGUACAACAUUAGUAUAAAUGAAGGGUGUGCAUAUCUUUUCUGUAAAAAGCCAGAUUGGAAAUAUUUUAGGUUUUGUAAACCAUACUAUCUAUAGUUGUCACAUUCUUUUUGGUUUGGUUUUGUUUACAACCCUUUAUAAAAUGUAAAAAUUGUCCUUAGGUCAGGGCCAUGUACAAAAAUUCAGUAAGCCACAGUUCAUGAACCAUAGAUUGCUGAUAGCUGAAAAUGAGGUUUAAACUGGUGAGCCUUCUGUGCUGUAAUCUACAUAACAUGUAUAAGUUAGACAAAGUAGACUGGCACUUGAUGUUCCAUGGUUGGUUAACUUGGUUUUCAGUCACCUAAAAAUAGUCUCAAAAUGAUUCUCUGACCAUGUUUCAUUUAAAAAACACAAUGUGGCAAAAUAAACAGAUACCCUAUUUCCAUGCUAUAGUACAGUGAAGAGAUUCCUCACUUCCCUUUCUAAAGGUUGAAUAACUGAUGUUAAUUUUUCACAAUUAAAAAAAAAAUUUUGUAACAAAAGGUAAAUCAUACAAAUUUCUGCAACAUCUGGAAAUACCUGAGGAAAAAAUAUUUAUAGCAAUUGCCUGGGCAUUCUAGAAUGCCCUUAAAUAUAUUGACUGUGUAGAGUUAUAUAUUUUAAAGAUAUGUGUUCAUUUAUUUUCCAGAUAGCUUUCAUAAAAGUUUCCCCUGUGAUAGUAAUAGACUUUUGAAGCAUCUAAUAUUUAUGUUUUUGCCUUCUGGACUUUUGUUUUGAUAUGCAGAUUUUCUUUACACUUGCCUUUAUUUCUUCAUAGUUGUGUUUCACUCUUGUUCUAUCUCUUCAUUAUUCAAAUAUGAAAAAUAACUGCAGGUUUGUUUCACUGUAUCUCAUAAUGGUACUGUGGUUAUUCCAAUUAGUUUACUACUGAAGGCUGCCAUUUUCAGAUAAACAUUUGGCAUACUAACUGAAGUUGUUUUUGUAAGAAAAGCAUAUAAAUCUAAGGAUGCAGUCUUUUAGGUUUCUUAGUUGUUUAGACUCAAAAGAAUCCAAAAUUCUUUUCCUUGCAUCUUAACGAAACAUGUAACUUGUAGUUGUUUAGUUGUAAUUGAAAGUGUAUAGAAUGGUAAAAAUUUCCCAGUUGAUGAGAAGAGGUCAACAAAUUUAAAAACAACUUCAGUUUCCCCAAAAACUUACUGGAUUAUGCUUUAUUUUAUUGGAAAUGGUUAUUUUGCCUUUGUUUUUUUUAAUAUCACUUUACCCCCUUCCCCAGUAUUUCCUUAUAAAGGUUGUUAAUUUUUAUAUAAACUGUAGCUAUAAAGUAAGUUUUUCAUUUUUAAGUCUAACCCUGUUCUUCAUAGUCUCUCCCAUAUUGUUGCUAGUGUAUCCUUAAGUCCUUAUCUUGGAUUCUACUUUACCCAUGUGAGCACAUAUAGAAUGAUCACCACUUCUAACCUUAAUUUAACACUUUUUUGAAUUGUGAUCAGUAAUAACAAGUGCCUUUUAUUAAAUUUUCAAAGCCUG